AUGGUUGUUCCACUUUUUUUACUUGGAGGAAAAAGGGCCAUUGGAAAAGACCUGAUAUGUCCCAACAAUGCCCUGGUGUUACUCGUGAUGUUUUUCGUGCUGGAGACCAACACAGUUCACUGCCAGAACACGACACUGUCGGCCACAAGUACCGCGGCCUACUUCACGUCAGAGGGUUACCCGACCAUGUACUCAAAUAACGUGACGUACACCUGGUUACUGGAGUCAAGUGACGUUAACGAGGUGGUAAAGAUUGAGGUAGUUGACUGUCAAAUGGAAUAUAUCAACGCCAAAGUACCCGUAUGUCAGCUGGACAUUCUAACUAUAUAUGACGGUGCCUACGAGAAUGCCACACAGCUUUACUCCUCGUGUUGUAUGACGUCAGUGCCAGCCAUGAAUAGUUCAGGCACGUUCCUCCUCGUCAAGUUUUCUACCGAUUCCACUGUGGUAGCUCGUGGUUUCCGUAUCAAGUACUACAACAGUGCAGCCCCAGACGAAUCGUCUGUCGCUGCAGCCAGCGGACUUUUCAUCGCUGUUGGAAUUGUCGUGGUGCUAGUCAUCGGUGGCGCUUUUAUCAGCGCAUAUUUCAUUUACAAGUUUAAAUGUCAAGAUGGGACUAAGGUCCGGAUUAACCCUCAGGGUGAGGAGGGACAGCCUCGCUGUGAGGAAGAACAAGGAGUAAACAAUCCAGCCUUAUCAGGAGAGUACGAGAAACGCCCUCUGGAAGGCCCCGAGAGGUCGGCACCACCUCCAAAAGCGUGGACAGAAGAGGGAGGUAUGGAGGACCCUGAAUUGGAAAAUACGGAGAGGAAUGUGUUUGCCAAAGGCACGUUUCCGGAAUCCGUUUUGAAGCCAAACGCUUUACCGCCUCUCACAAACGUAACCUUAUCAUCGACUAGUGGCGCCCCCCAUAGAAGCCUAAGUCCAGUUGGAUAA